UAUAUCGAGCUGACAUUAAAUUGACCUCGCAGUUUUUGAUAUCUUAAGGACAAUUAAGUGUAGAUAUUCUAUGAUAAGGCUCGAAAUGACUCGAAAAAAACUGUACACAUUCUUUUUGAAUAUUCUUCUCUGCUUGGUCAACACAUCAUUUGUGGUAUCUUUGGAGUGUUACAACUGUACCGACAUCGAAAGCGUGAACAACUGUACAAACAUAUCGCAAUGUGGAUCUGGAGAGUCUUGUUACCUUGAUUUAGUUCCGUCAGGACAGACAAGCGUUUUUAAUCUAGGCUGCCUAGACAAUCAGAAAUGUAUGGCAAUUGGUAACUCUGUUCCUAGUAUAGUUGGAAGAGAUGUCAACAAACGACAAUUAAAAACGUGUCAUGAAUGCUGCAGUACCGACAACUGUAAUAAAGUCCUUUGUGAACAUUUAAAACCAACGGCAUGUGUUGACAGUGAAAAGGUCGACUGUGCAUUCUUAAACACGGUUGCAAAUAUUUGUCAAGAUAUCCAGCAUGCGAAAACGAUAUGCCCACGUUUCUGUAAUCUUUGCGAUCUUGUUGAUGGAGACUGGGCUGACUGGUCUGCAUGGUCAAGCUGUGAUGUGACAUGUGACAAUGGAACCCAGUCUCGAUACCGAACAUGUACCGAUCCGGCUCCAGCACAUGGUGGUUUGAAUUGUACCGGAAUCGACAACGAAAUUCGAAUGUGUGAAAGACAAUUAUGCCCAGUUCAUGGAGGAUGGGCAGAGUGGUUAAAAUGGGAAGCAUGUUCCGUAAGUUGCGAUAUUGGUAUCCAAAGACGUCAUCGCACCUGUUCUAAUCCUGCACCAGAAAGGUUUGGAGAUCAUUGUUAUGGAGAUACUAUGGAUGACCGGUUAUGUUUCCCAGGACCGUGUGCAAAUGGCGGUUGGUCAAGCUGGGGUACCUGGAGCAACUGCACUGUUGCCUGUGGUGGUGGAACAAAGACCCGGUCAAGGACAUGUACGAAUCCCCGUCCAUCAGAACAAGGAAAGAACUGCGAAGGCGACCCCAUCCAGGUCACAGCUUGUGGCAAUGCAGUUUGUCUGCCUAACGUUGCCUUUAACGCUUACUGGGUGGACGACUUGAGCCCUGCUGCAGGCCAGACCAUGGUUUUUACUCGCGUCUUGGUGAACGAGGGAGGGGCUUACAAUAAUUCUACAGGGGAGUUCACGGCACCUGUGCAUGGAACAUACUCCUUCAGUGCACAAAUGUGUUUUGCUAACAAUCAGAAUUUGUACUUUGACAUCAAGGUAGGGGACACGACGUACGCCUCAUCCUAUGCAUUUGAUGCUAGUGCCGUUUCUUGUCCCAUGGCACAGGCUGUUGCCACCGUGAAGAAGCAUCAGAAAGUGAUUGUGCAGUGGACACACACCACGUACACCGGGAACUAUAUAGUGCGUGGUGAUGCAUUAAGGAACUACUUUACGGGAAUAUUAGUCCAUGCAUAGAUUUAUUUAGAAGGUUGUUGAAUUUUCCACAUUUGUAUUGUCCAAUAAUUUCAAGACCAUAUUAAAUUUACAGACGUCGGUACAAAUUCUUGAGAAGGAUUUAUGUUUAUUUAUUACAUUGUAUUAAUACGUUAUAGAAAUAUUUGAGCGAAAAAGACAAACACGCUCAAAUUCACUGCACAAUCAAAAAUAAACAUUUUAUGCACCUUCAUAUUAAAGUGUAAAGAAAAUCACUUAAACAUUACCCAUUAUUUUAUCCAAUGCGCGGUAAGGAAAUGGACUCUUAUGACUAUUAUGUUCCGCUCUCAGAGGCAUACAUCAAAUGCUUUUGAGUUAAUUUGCACAUAAUCAAAAAAUGAAGAAUCACAAUAAAGAAAAUGGUUUAUUUCUGUU